AUGGGCAUCUUCAAGAGACUCUUUGGCGGGUUCGGGGUCAAAAAGAAGGUCCGGAUCGUAGUCGUCGGACUUGACAACAGCGGCAAGACCACUGUCCUCAACGCCUUGAAACCCAAGAAGGCCACACUGGAAACGGUGCCAACUGUGGGCUUCAAUACAGAGGAGUUUCAGAAACAUGGCGUGAAUUUCUCUGCCCUCGACAUGUCUGGGCAGAGCCGAUAUCGGAAUCUGUGGGAACAUUACUACGGUGAGGUGGAGGGCAUCAUCGUGGUCAUCGACUCCACAGACAAGCUUCGUUUCGCAGUUGUCAAGGAUGAGCUGGAAACCAUGCUGGCAGACCCCAGAAUAGCUGAGAAGAAGAUGCCCAUCUUGUUCUUGAACAAUAAAGUUGAUCAACCAGCAGCUUCGCCACCGCAGGAGACAAUGCAGGCUCUAGGCCUUGAUCGCAUCACCGACAGGCCCUGGCAGCUCUUCUCCUGUGAUGCCCUGAAGGGCGACGGUGUGGAGGAGGCAAACAUCUUGCAAGUUGUACCAAGCAUUUGA